GCCAUGUCAAUGAAGGAGCCUCUACAAGUAGUAAAUAUCCCAUGGAGGAACAAUAAUUUCAGCCUCAUGGAGAAAGACGCACCACUGUCGGAACAAGGAGAAACCAUCAUAGGAGCAUACCUGUUGAUCCUAGGUUGGCUCUCCUGGUUUGGGAACAGCAUUGUGAUCUUCGUCCUCUACAAGCAGAGGGCCUCUCUCCAGCCCACUGACUACCUUACAUUUAACCUGGCCAUAUCUGAUGCCAGCAUCUCUGUGUUUGGAUACUCCCGCGGGAUCCUGGAGAUCUUCAACAUAUUCCGGGAUAAUGGGUUCUUGAUCACCGCAAUCUGGACAUGCCAGGUGGACGGCUUCUUCACCUUGCUGUUUGGCCUGGCCAGCAUUAACACCUUGACCGUCAUCAGUGUCACCAGAUAUAUCAAGGGGUGCCAUCCGAACAGAGCACACUGUAUUGGCAAAAGCACCAUCUCCAUAUCCCUGGUCUUCAUCUGGAUUGGAGCACUGUUCUGGUCAGUGGCUCCUCUGCUUGGCUGGGGGAGCUAUACAGACCGUGGGUACGGGACCUGUGAGGUGGACUGGUCCAAGGCCAACUACUCCACCAUCUACAAGUCAUACAUUAUCUCCAUCCUCAUCUCCUGCUUCUUCAUUCCUGUGCUUGUGAUGCUCUUCUCCUAUGUGUCCAUCAUCAAAACAGUCAAGACCAGCAAUGCCAUGUCAGCCGAGGGCUACUUAACUGACAGGCAGAGGAAAAUUGAGAGGGACGUCACACGGGUGUCCAUCGUUAUUUGCACUGCCUUCAUCAUGGCCUGGUCACCCUACGCCGUGGUGUCCAUGUGGUCAGCCUGGGGCUACCACGUGCCCACUAUGACCAGCAUCUUCACCCGCCUCUUUGCCAAGUCGGCCAGCUUCUACAACCCACUCAUCUACUUCGGUAUGAGCUCCAAGUUCCGCCGGGACGUUAGCGUGCUGCUGCCCUGCGCGCGCCCAGGCAAGGAUGUCGUCAAGCUCAAGCGCUUCAAGCACCUCAAGCCCAAAGCCGAGGCCGCGCCCCCCCAGCAGCCGGGAGCGCCACCACCGCCCCCCCGCCACAAGGAGGCAAAGUACGCCCCAGGGGCCCUGCUCCAUCCCUCCCCCAGCCCGGACUCAGGGGUGGGCAGUCCGCUGGCCACCCCGCCCCCUGUCAACAAGGAGGUGUACAGCAUCCCCGCCCCUUCGACCACUGAGACACCCGAAUACCAAAGCGUCAGACUGUAA